CCUUUAAAUACAUAUGAAAAGGAAGGUUUCCGACAUUUCGUCAAUAUUGCUACUCCUUUAUUUAAAAUUCCUGGACGGAGUAAAAUGACUGCUACACUGGAUACUAAGUACGAAGUGCUCUCGGAGCUGGUCAAAAAAAAGUUGCAGCGAGGCGAUGGAUUUACGCUUACCACUGAUGUCUGGACGGAAACAAUGACGUCCACAAGCUUUUUGGGAUGUUACUGCUCAUUUCGUCGACGAAAAUAAACUUACGGCUGUUGUUCUUGAUGUUGUAGAACUGGAUGAACGACAUACUACAAUCAACCAUCGCUUCUGAUGAAUUACGCAAAUCACAAAACCGUAACCCACCGCUCCGUUUGAUUCAAAAUGUAGCAACGCGAUGGAAUUCGACUUUCUUCAUAUUGGAACGAUUUCUCAAACUUAUUGAUACUAUUAGCUCGGUUUUAGUUAAACUUCCACGUUCGCCACCAAUGUUGAGUGCGUCGGAAGCAGCUAUCGUUCGCGAAUUAAUUGAGGUCCUCAGACUCAUUGAAAUUGUUUCAAGAGAAAUGUGUGGGCAAGUCUAUGUUACUAGCAGUAGAAUUAUACCCACUAUAGUCGAGACGUUAUCACCAAUCACUCAAAAGUUCAAAACGGACAUUCACAAAGAACUUAAUAAACGAUUUAAUAGCGCGGAAUUAAACCCACUCAGCGCAGCAUCUACUGUACUCGAUCCCCGAUUCAAGAAAUUACAUUUUUCCACUGCAAUGUCUUGCUCCAAAGUGAUUCAAAAAAUUAAUGAACAGCUAAAAAAUGACAAGUUGAAAAAACUCACGGUAGUUGAGGAAGAAAAAAAGAGUUGUGCCAAUAAAUACGAAAACGAUCAACUAUGGAAAUUUCAUUUGGAACUCGUUCAAAGUAAGAAAAUGUACAAAACUAAUGUUGUUGAAUCUGCAGGACUACAUCCUGAUCUUCAGCAGUAUCUUUCGAAAGAACCAGUCUCGUUGGAUGUUGAUCCAAUACAAUAUUGGUGCGAGCAAAAAGAAAAUACCCCUGCAUUAGCAUCGAUAGCUUUAAAAAUAUCUGUCGAUCAUCGCAACAUCGGUUCCGUGUAAACGAGUGUUUUCUAUUGCCAAAAAUGUCAUCACUCCAAAUCGCAAUAGGCUCAAGCCUGAUCGCUUAUCGCGAGUUCUGUUUCUA